AUGCUCCAAAGCUUCCCUCUGUGUCAGUGAGUCCAUCUGGUGAGAUAGUGGAGGGUAGUUCAGGGACUCUGACCUGUAGCAGUGAUGCUAACCCAGCAGCUAACUACACCUGGUACAAGACCCAAACACUUGUCAGUAAUGGACCACAGCUUGUCCUCAGCUCUGUCCAGCCCUCUGUCUCUGGAGAGUAUCAAUGUACAGCUGAGAACACGAUGGGAAAGAUGUCGUCCAGAUACAUUACAAUUGAUGUAAAAUAUGCUCCAAAGCUUCCCUCUGUAUCAGUGAGUCCAUCUGGUGAGAUAGUGGAGGGUAGUUCAGGGACUCUGACCUGUAGCAGUGAUGCUAACCCAGCAGCUAACUACACCUGGUACAAGGAGAACCAAAUACUGAGUCAAGGAUCAGAUGGUGUGCAUGCUUUCAUUUCUAUCAGCUCUAACAACAGUGGAAACUACUACUGCAAGUCUGAGAAUCAAUACGGAUAUUCAAAGUCUUCAUCUCUGUUCAUAGAUGUCCAGUAUCCUCCAAAGCUUCCCUCUGUGUCAGUGAGUCCAUCUGGUGAGAUAGUGGAGGGUAGUUCAGGGACUCUGACCUGUAGCAGUGAUGCUAACCCAGCAGCUAACUACACCUGGUACAAGGAGAAUGAAGACUCACCAAAAGCUUCAGGACAGAUCUUCACCAUCACUGACUUCAGACCUGAACACAGAGGGAGUUAUUACUGUGAAGCCCAGAACAGAAGAGGACGUCAUAACUCCACCUUACACCUGAUGGUGCGUUAUCCUCCAAAGCUUCCCUCUGUGUCAGUGAGUCCAUCUGGUGAGAUAGUGGAGGGUAGUUCAGGGACUCUGACCUGUAGUGAUGCUAACCCAGCAGCUAACUACACCUGGUACAAGGAGAAUGAAGACUCACAAAAAGCUUCAGGACAGAUCUUCACCAUCACUGACUCAGACCUGAAACACAGAGGGAGUUAUUACUGUGAAGCCCAGAACAGAAGAGGACGUCAUAACUCCACCUUACACCUGGUUGGUGUCACAGGUUCAGUGAAAUCAGCAGUAGCUGGGUCAUUAACAGAUUUUUUCCUGGUCAUCAUUUUCCUGUCUGUCUUCCUGCUGAUUAGAAGAAAGAGAUCCUGGAAACAAACCUCAGGGUCCAGACAAAGAUCAAACAACAAAGCAGAGUCAAGUGUGGGUCCAGAAAACGACAACGCUGCAGCUACAACACAGAGAAUAUCAGCAGAGCAGCAGGAUGAAGUUUGCUACGCCACCGUAAGUUUCUCUAAGAACCAAGAAGAUCCUCUCUACUCCAACAUCACGCUAGCUCAACACAACAAACAGAAGAAGAAGACAGAGAUGGAGGAAGAUGAUGUAGUGUACACAGCUAUCCAGGUUACUGCUUCAGGGUGA